AUGGCGCAAACAAUCAGCCUCCGCAAAGGCAACACCCGUCUCCCACCUGAGGUCAACCGCGUCCUCUACGUCCGUAAUCUCCCAUUCAAUAUAUCAAGCGAAGAGAUGUACGAUAUUUUCGGCAAAUACGGAGCGAUUCGUCAAAUCCGAAUCGGAACCAACAAGGACACGAGAGGCACUGCUUUUGUUGUUUAUGAAGAUAUCUACGAUGCCAAAACGGCGGUGGAUCACUUGUCAGGGUUUAAUGUGGCGAAUAGGUAUUUGAUUGUGUUGUAUUAUCAGCAAGCUAAGAUGAGUAAGAAGUUUGAUCAGAAGAAGAAAGAAGAAGAGAUUGCUAAGAUGCAGGAGAAAUAUGGUGUUUCUACUAAAGAUAAGCUGGAUGGCGUGAAUGAAGAAUCUGGUAUUGAGAUUCAAAAAAUUUUCUUGGCAUACAGAGCGAGAUCCUUCUUUCUAUCAAGCAGCCUCCUUUUUCAUCUUCAUAAAGUUCGGUUCUUUCCUCGAAAGAGUUGUAUCACAUCCAUCCCAGUUGGUUCUCAUUGGAUUUUGCCCCACUUUGCUGCUUUAACUAAAGCCAUUAGCAAUUACAAGCAACUCACAACAGGGGCAUCCCUGGAUGAAGGGGAGGUCAAAGAUGAUAACUUGAAUCAAAUACUUGAUGCUAUUGAAAAUGCCCCAGAAUCUGCUGCUAGAAAAAUUGGAACUACUUAUGUUGAUGGCUUAUGCAAAGCUGGAAGCCUUUUUGCUGCAGUUAGACUGCUGAGAUUGUUAUGUUAUAAAAACAUUUUCCUUGGCCCUAGUGCUUAUAAUAUCAUUUUGGUGGCAGCUAGUGAAAAAAAUGACAUUGAGAUUUUGUCUCGGGUUUUUAAGGAUUUGAUUGUGUCUUGUCAGUCUUUGCCUUCAGCUUCGUAUUCGAAACUUGCCAGGGGUUUUGUGAAGACAAAUGAUGAUGUCCAGCUACUGAGACUUGUCAAAGAAGUUUCUGAAUUGACAUUUCCAAGUAGCACGACAGUUGUAAAUAGAAUCAUCUUUGCCUUUGCUGAAUGUGGGCAGUUUGACAAAGCCCUUGUGAUAUUUGAGCAGAUGGAGAUACUGAAAUGUAAGCCGGAUUUGGUCACGUAUAAUACUGUUUUAGAUCUUUUAGGUCGUGCAGGUCGGAUUGAAGAAAUGCUCUGUACAUUUGCCUCCAUGAAGGAAGCAGGAAUUCUCCCAGAUUUUAUUUCUUACAAUACUUUGCUAAAUCAGUUAAGGAAGGUAGGAAGAUUGGAUUUGUGUUUGGUGUACUUUCGAGACAUGGUUGAGAGUGGAAUUGAACCAGAUUUGCUUACAUAUACUGCAUUGAUUGGGAGUUUUGGCCAAUCCGGAAACAUCUCGGAAGCACUGAGACUCUUCAAUGAGAUGAAAACAAAGCAGAUUCGUCCCUCUAUUUACAUAUAUCGAUCAUUAGUUGCUAGUAUGAAGAAGAUGGGAAAGGUAGAAUUGGCAAUGACCUUUUUGGAGGAGAUGAAUGCAUCAAUGUCAAACCUGGCCGGUCCCAAGGAUUUCAAACGAACACGCAGGUAG